ACACACACAGAGCAGUAGACAUAUAUAUUCCAUUAUUUUCUCUCCAUCCAAACAAUCAUCAUAUUCUGAAAGCCACCAUGUCUGAAGGCGGCCGCCACCACCACCACCACCACCAAGAAAAUCCGACCGGUGAGAUUGAUUACAGAAAGGAAGAGAAGCACUACAAGCAUCUGGAACAGCUUGGAGAGCUAGGAGCUGUUGCUGCCGGUGCCUUCGCAUUGCAUGAGAAGCACAAGUCGAAGAAAGACCCAGAACAUGCACAUAGGCACAAGAUAGAGGAAGAGAUUGCAGCAGCAGCUGCUGUUGGAGCAGGUGGAUUUGCGUUUCAUGAGCAUCAUGAGAAGAAACAACUGAAGAAAGAAGAUGAAGAGGCUCAUGGAAAGCAGCAUCACCACUUCUUUCAUUGAUUUUAAUCGCUGAAGAAUAAUAUGGGAUAUUUGGAGAGUUUAAUUAGCUUCUUUUUGGAUCUGUUCUUCCAUACACUUGUACUCUUCAUAUAUACACGAACAAGGUAUUAAUACUCUAUGCGGUCUUGUUGUACGCAAGAACGUUGUUAUAUGUAGUCUUAACUUCUAUCCAGAGUUCUAAUGGCUUUUAUGUGGAAUAAAUUAGGAGAGAAGUUGAUUGAAUAAUAAUAGUUUGUGAAUUACUUUUGAAUUAUUGAUUAAUAAUUAAUUAUA